UGUGCUGUUAGGAGUCUGAGAGAGUGGCCUAAACACGACAGAAAAACAGCUUGUUGCUUAUAAAUUAUAUAAAUGUUUGACAUACAUUAAAAAAAAUAAUAUGUAGACCUCCGUAAAACUUACUAAAUAAAGAUGAGGCAGUUCUUGACCCGUUUAAAUCACAUGGAGUGCUUCAGUUUUUGGGUAAUAAAGCUCUUCCCAACUGACUUGAGGAGGAUCUAAAUUUCAUGGCUUACUGGAACUAUUCUGUUAGACAAAGAGCAGAUCCGGGAGGAAGAGAGCGGGGCAGGAGGGGCUGCUGCUCGGUGGAAAUAUAUAGACAUUUAACACACACUUUCUGAUACGUGUGUAUGGGUGGAGCUGCUAACACACAGCAUCUGUUUAUCGCUGAAGGAAAACACUCUUCCCAUCCCUACUGCACCUGCCAAGCAAUUCGCUGAUAUGGCCUUCUCAUCUGUGACCACUCAGCCUCUUCCUUUUGGCGUGGAGAGAGAGAAACACAUCGACCUGCUGUUCAGAACGUUUCACAGGCAGAUCAGACCUGCUGGAGAUACUCAGGACCUCACGCUGGUGCUACAGGACAGAGGAGACCACGAGGGACCCGCAAACACACACACUGAGAGCAAAACACUGGGGAAACUGACUGCUCUGAGGACAGUCACCAGACUCCACAUCACUGCCAGACCUGAGCUACAGGGUCCACAGUGUGUAGCCCGGAGAACAUACAGCAUCUGCUCAGAGAACAGAGAUCAGCUCUUUGUGGCGGUUGAAGAGAGCUCCUGUAUGUGUAUGCAGUGUUGCGGUCCAGCUCGAUCCUGUUCACUACGGGGCUUUGACAAGGAUUCGGAGUGUGUCUUUCUGUUCGAGAGGCCCCUGAGAGCCGACAUGUGCUGCCUCGGCUGCUGCCUGAUGGAAAUAAGGGCCUAUACAGCAGAGAGAGAACUCAUUGGGACAGUUCACCAAAGGUGGAGUAUGUUCACGCCAUAUUUGGAGGUGUGUGACUCUGAGGGAAUCUCUGCUAUGAGGAUCCAGGGCUCCUGCUGUAACACACGAUGCCUGUCUGAGCAAGAGCUGCAGGUGGUGUCCACUAUUGGCGAGAGUAUCGGCCGCAUAUGGAAGAAGUGGCCUGGAUAUAAUGACAAGUGUAACAUGGAUCAUGAGUACUUUGGACUGGAUGUUCCUCAAGAAAUGAGUUUGAACACUAAAGUGCUGUUACUCGCUGCUGCCUUUCUGCUGAAUCACAUGUUUUUUGAGAUGAGCUAAGCAAACAUUAAAGCCGUCUGCUUCAACCUGGAAACAUCACCUUGAAGUGAAGUGGGAGCCCAUCUAUAUAAAACUGCGAUGACUUAUGACGAAGCAAUGCAUUGUUUCUAUGGUAACCACAGGAACACAGAUGAGUGAUGCUUUUCUGAGCUAAUUAAAUCUGAACUACAGUAAUCAUGCCUGAACAAAGCAUUUGAACAAAAACUGGGUUUAGACGCUGAUCACUGAAUUUUGCACAAUACUAUUCCUAUGAAUCCUACUGUAUACUAAUUGAAAUGCAAAUUUCUAGGGCCUCAAAACCUGCUGUUGUGCUAUUUUCCACAAGACUUAAGUGAUCUUAUUUUUUAGCCAGUAAAAUACACAAACUAUUUUAAAUAGAACAUAACCUGAAGGUCACUGUUUUUAUAUGUUUUUUAGUAAAGUAAUCUUAACUUUUUUUAUGUUACUUUUAAAUAGCUAGUCAGCUUUAAAGAUGAUUGUUAUCUAGACUUAAGCAGUCAUCAAAAUCCUGACUGUAUUAAACUUAAGUUGUGUAUCUAUCGCUUAUAGGGCAAUAACAUUUUCAUUAGGAUAUAUUAUGUGAAGACAGCUGCUAGUUGUCUGAUAAACUGUUGGCCAUUGUAAUAUUAGAAACUUCUCCGAGCGGCAUAUUUAAUCAUAUGAAUUAGGGCUGCAUGAUGUAUCAUUUCAUUAUCGAUAUCACAAUGUGAUCAUUUGCUAUAAUCGCAUAGCAGGAAAUGCAAUGUUGAGUUUGUAUUACAACUUAUAAUUUCAUAUUUUUGAUUGUAUGAUUUUAAAAGGAUUCAGGCAGAAGACAUUGUACCAUUUGUUAUUUUAAUAAUGAUUCAUUUGAUUGAAUUAUGUUUAUUGU